GGGCCGCGGAGGGUGAAGCCGGCGCGGGCCGAGCGCCGCCGGGGGGAGGGGAGAGGAGGGCACCUAGGCUCUCCUCUCCCCCCUCCCCUGCGCGCUAUGUAACCCCGCCCCGCGGGCGCGAGCCUGAGACCCCCGCGUGCGCGGAUCCCGCUGGUGGCUGAAGAGAGCGAGGCCCGAUGCAGCAGGGGCUGCGCGGCGCGGCCGAGCUGUGAGGAGGCGGCCCGCGCUCACGGCCCCGGCGCCUGGAGCGGCUGCUCCUCCUAGCCCAGCCUGGGCCUGCCGGGGAGCAUGAGCGUGCCCGGGACGCUGAGGGAGAUGGAGCCGGCCGGGGAGGAUGAGCGGCCGCCUCUGACGGCCGGAGAACAGACCGGGGAGGAGGUGGCCGCGGCGGCCCGGGCCUCAGCGCCGGUCCGCAGGAGGAGUGCCUCCUCGCUGGAGGACGCGGAUGACCAGGAGGAGGAGGUGGCGGAGGCGACGGUGGUCGCGGGCGGCGGCUGCAAAGAGCAGGAGUUGACCUACGAGCUGCAGCAGGGCCACCGCAUCCUGGGCGAGUUCCUGCAGGAGAAGCACCGCGGCCUCACCGCCCCCUUCCUGCAGCCCUUGGGGGGCGUCGCCGCCACCGGGGAGGAGGAGGUGGCCGAAGGGCGGCGCGGCGGGGCCCGGGGCAGUCGCGUCCCGGCGCAGCAGCCCGACCAGGGCGUGUGUCUGCUGAAGAUGGAGGAGAAGUUCUCCAGUGGCCAGUACAGGGGCAUCACGGAGUUUGUGGCGGACUUCAGAUUGAUGCUGGAGACGUGCUACCGCCUGCACGGCGUGGACCACUGGAUCUCCAAACAGGGCCAGAAACUGGAGAUGUUGCUGGAGCAGAAGCUGGCGCUCCUCUCUCGGCACUUGAGAGAAAAGACCACGAUAGCAGUUACAUCUAGAGGCUAUUAUGGAUUGGAGGAAGAGAAGGGAACUGCAUGUGCUUCCACAAGGCGUCGGUCAACACCUCGAAGUUUGGCAGGCUUGACAAGUGGAGUUUUUGAAUCUAUAAUGGUUCAAGUUUUGAGACAGGAAGAACAGCUGAGAGCAAAAGAAGAAAAAAGGCUUCGGGAGCAGGAAAGAAAAGAAGCAGAAGAAGCUUGCCAAAAGGAAGUGGAAGAGUGGGAAAGAAAACUUCUAGCUCAAGCAGCUCCAACUUGUAUGGAGAACAUGUGGGAAAUUCCAGCAAUUGGCCAUUUCCUUUGUUUAGCCCAGCAAAUUCUAAACUUGCCAGAAAUAGUCUUUUAUGAAUUAGAACGUUGUCUUCUGAUGCCUCAGUGCAAUGCUUUUCUGUCUAAAAUAAUGACUUCUCUACUAAGCCCUCCCCAUCGCAGACCUACCUUACAUCGAAGACCUACUUUGCCUUACAGGACUUGGGAAGCUGUGCUCAGACAGAAAGUGCAGCAGUGGUACACUGCUGUAGGACAGACUGAAAAUCCUGAUAACUGUGCUGAAAAACUUGGGUUAUGUCCUCAGUUUUUUAAAGUUCUUGGAGAAGUUAAUCCAUUGGAAGAAAAACCUUUUCACGAGCUACCUUUCUACCAAAAAGUAUGGUUACUUAAAGGACUUUGUGACUUUGUGUAUGAAACACAAAAAGAAGUUCAAGAUGCUGUACUUGGGCAGCCUAUUCAUGAGUGCAGGGAAGUUAUCCUUGGUUAUGAUUAUUUGGAGAACGCUUAUGUACAUUUUCCACAGUUUUGUGGUGCAGAUGUACGGAUUUAUAAACAAAGACCUUUUCAGGCCCCAGAAUUUCCAAUUCCACCCAUUAAAGUAAGAAGAGUACCUCGGAUUAAACUGGAGAAAUUCAAAUGUGACUAUGUUAGUACAAGUAAUGGAGAACAUCAAUGUACUAGAGAAGGCCUGCCCUCUGCCUUCAAGAAAGAGCAGGAAAUGAAUUUUGAUCCAACUUGUUGCCCUGCUAAAAUGAACUUUGGUAAUCAUGACAUCUCUGUCCAAAUGGAAGGAAAAUCGAACUGUGAAAUUAAAAUUCACAGGGCCUGUGAAAUUGAAAAAACUGAAUGUUGUAAAGAAAAUUUGGAGAAACCCAAAAGUCCAGGGGAAGUUACUGACUUUGGAGAGCCACUGAGUCCAGGUGAAAUAAGGUUUAUAGAAAAUCAGGAAAAAUAUGGUGAAGCUUCCAGAAUAAAGACUGAAUCUAAUCCAUUAAAAGAAAAUGCUCUAAAAUCUUGCCAAAUUCACAUAAAUGGAAGUCACAUUGAUCAUCCAGACAUUAACUGCCACAAGGUUGUAAGGGAUAUAUUACUAGAGCAUUCACUGCAGAGUCACAAAAAACUCAAACUAACUAAAAUGAGGGCAAAAAAGAAGAAAAAGAAAAAAAAGAAAUUGAAAGAUGUUUUGAAUGAAAAUUUACAAAGAAAGCGUGAAAGUCUUCAUUCUCUUGCAUUCAAAUCUUACAAACCCGAGGUCCAGAAUAAGUUACUGAUCAUCAAAAAGAAAGCAAAACACAAGAAGCACAAAUCUGGAAAAAAAUCUAUAUCUAAAAAAGCAAUCACUAAGAAGAGGAAAGCUGUCACAAAAUCACCUACUGUACCGGAAUUUCAGCUUAUUUGCACUAAUCUUGAUGAACUCAGGGAAUUAAUCACAAAAAUCGAGAAUGAACUCAAAGAUCUGGAAAACAGUAGAAAAAAAUCGGGUAAAUGGUACCAUCGGAGGCAAGCUGUUAAAGAAUUGCACAGUACAUUGAUACGUCUUUUGAAUGAAUUGCUGCCAUGGGAGCCAAAGUUAAUGAAGGCUUUUCAAAGAAACAGGAGCCGUCUAAAGAAAGACUAUGAUGAUUUCAGAAGACAACCUGAUCAUGAUCAUUUUACUAGAGAACUGUGGACUACUGAAGAAUGUGAAGGAAAUCCUGAGAAAGAAUCUCCUAAAGUAGAAACCAGUAAGUCCGUAGAUGAAGCUGAACCUCUAGAUGUCCUGGAGAAAGAUCAUUUUGAUUCAGAUGAUAUGAAAUUGUCAGAAAUAGGUUUUCCUAUGGCCAGAAGCAAGUUGUUGAAAAAAGAAUUGCCUUCUAAAGAUGUAGUGAAGACACUGCCUAAAACACUUAAACGACAGUCCAAACAAAGUAGUUAUCUGGAUGAUAGCACAAGAGAGCUUUCCCCAAGGAAGAAAGUAAAGCUAAGCACAAGUGAGACAACAGUUGAGAAUUUAGAAGUUGAUAUGCAGAUUGACUGUUUGAAUGAAUCAAAUCAUACAGAGCUACCAUUUCCAGAGUCAUUUGCCUCAGUGGAUUCAGUACCAGUGUCUACUCUCCAGAAAGGGACCAAACCUAUUCAGGCCUUGCUUGCAAAGAAUAUUGGGAACAAAGUGACCUUAACAAAUCAACUGCCCCCUUCCACAGGUAGAAGUGCUCCUGCUGUGGAAAUGCCAGUUAUAUCUUCUGCAGAAGCAAGCCCCAUAAAGCCAGCAUUGACCUGCCUCACAAGUACAAAAGGACCUUUACAAAUGGUGUACAAAAUGCCCUGUGGUCAAUGGUUGCCAAUAGAUCUUCACAGUAGCUCUGUCAAGAUUCAGAUGCAGCCCAUGGUGGAUCCUAAAACAGGAGAAAAAAUCAUGCAGCAAGUUCUUAUUUUGCCUAAGAAUUUUGUAAUUCAGCACAAAGAGGGAAAAGCAGUUGCAAAAGAGAUACUGCCACUUCAGCAGAAAGGUACAGAGCAGUGUUCAUCUUUCCCACAGACCACAAGUCUAAACUCUUCUUUAGCAUCAGCUCCUGUCACCUCAACAAGAACUGUUUCUUCCCCACUGCCUAACACAGUUUUCAACAAGACAAUUAUACCUUCAUCAAAUGUGAGUGCUAAAUCACAGACUUUGUCACCUGUAACCUCUGUAAGUAAUUUAUUAACACCACCAGUGACAAUGAGCCAGAGUGAGCCUGGGAAAGUCAAGAAUGCAGUUUCAGCAGCCACAUUACCCCAGCCCAUUGCUUUGCCCAUUUCCUCAACAAGUCAGCCUCUAUUGCCAGCAGCAACACUAAAUGAAUCUACAAAUCCUGGCAAUUCCCUUACCUGUUUUCCACAACAAACUCCUGACUCUUCUGAAGCAAAGCAAGAAUUGAAAACUGUGUGUAUAAGAGAUUCACAAUCUAUUCUUGUCAGGACACGAGGUGGGAAUACUGGAGUUGUUAAAGUACAGACCAAUCCAGAUCAAAAUUCACCCAACAGUUUGUCUUCAAGUUCUGUUUUCACUUUUGCACCUCAACUUCAGGCAUUUCUGGUGCCAAAAUCAACAUCAUCCUCUGCUUUUUCGCAAGUAGCUGGAGUGCCUACUACAUCUAGUCUCCCAUCUUUCAGCCAAGCACCCACUUCUGUUUCCAUUCCAUGUGGCUUUCAUCCACCCUUGGGGAAAAAUCUCAAAUCUGCAUUAGGCCAGCCCUCAGGCAAUGGUAAUUUGGGCCCAUUGAUAGAUAAAACUUCACACAUGCCCUCUUCACCUUUGAAGUCCUCCAUUUCUUCCAGCACUCUGCUACCAUCAACAACAAAUAGCCCAGUAAGUAUGAUUAGCAUAGCAACAGGAAAUUUUGGACAAACCAAUACAAAUACAUCAACUAAACAGCAGCAAGUAGAUACCACAAAAAGUUACCCUGUUACAAGAUCAGAAGCAACAACAGCAAUAAAUGGAGAUGUACUCAGUGGGACUCCAGUUCAGAAACUUAUGCUAGUAUCAACUCCAUCUAUUCUUCCUUCUGGCAGUGGAACUGCAGUUAAUGUGGCACCAGCACCAACAUCUGCAGGUGUUUCUACCCAGAAAGUUGUUUUUAUUAAUGCUCCAGUUCCCAGUGGCAGUUCAGCCCCAACUAUUGUUGCAGAAUCAUUAAAACAAACACUUCCUUCUCCCUUGAAUAAAACAUAUGUUAAACCUCCAGAGCAACCCCAAAUAGUACUCAUUCCAUCUACAGUGGGGGCACCAAUCAAAAUCAAUUCGUCACCAACUGUGUCUCAGAUAAAAGAUGUAAAAAUUGGUCUAAACAUUGGUCAAGCAAUUAUAAAUCCUCCAGGCAAUAUGCCAAUUAUGCCGUCAAUUAAUAUAUUGCAAAAUGUAAUGCCAAAAGGAGAAGACAAAAGUAGCAAGGGCUGCAUCUCACCAUUGUCAGUGAGUGCUAAUUCAGUUCCAGUAAGCUCAAGUAUUGUGAGUCAAAAUAAUCCUCCUGUUAAUGAAUCAGUGGUUUCUGCAGCAAGAACUGUAAACAUGUUUUCAGUAACAGGAGCAAAUGUGUCUUUGAGUUCCCUUUCAGUGACCCCAUCCUCUGCUUCAGUUGGGACACGACCUCCCGUUUUAGUCAGUGGAAAUGAUACCUCUUCAAGAAUUAUGCCUAUUUUGUCAAAUAGACUUUGCACGUCAAAUCUUGGAAACACUGUAGCUAUAUCAACUGUGAAAACAGGACACCUUGCAUCAUCUGUUCUGAUUUCAGCUACACAACCAACAGUGUCUCCUAAAUGUUUGACAUCAGCUUUGCAAAUCCCUGUUACUGUUGCCUUGCCUACACCUGUAACUUCGUCUCCAAAAAUAAUCAGCACAGUUCCACAUUCAGCCACAGUACCAGGAGCCACACGUCCUAUAUCUCUUUCUAAAAGACAAUCUCUGACUUCUCUCCAGUUUCAGUCAACAGGGAUUUCAACUACAGUGCCAACAAAUGCAAACACAAAUAAACCUCAAGCUGAAUUAUCAUCCCUUUCACCAAGUCCAGGUAAAAUAAUUAAUAUUUCCAGUUUCACUUCUAUGCCAAACCAGCAAAUGUCCCCUGCAGUAGUAAAAACAACUCCCAGUAACAGCCCUGCUUCAGGUGGCUCUGCCAUCCACAGUGCUACCCCACCAUCAAAUGUAAGUAGUCUGGCAGGGACUCCAUCAAAUGAACCUUGUAUUCAGCAAAAAAUAGUUAUCAACACCAGUGCACCUUUGGCACCAGGUACUCAAAUCAUGAUUAACGGAGCCCGAUUUAUUGUUCCACCACAAGGUCUUGGAGCUGGUAGUCAUGUUCUUCUUAUAUCUACUAAUCCGAAGUACGGACCUCCUUUAAUUCCUAACAGUGGCCAAGGCAUUCAGGUUGCACCAGUAGAUAAUCCUGUCCAGAAGAUCAUACAAACAUCAAAUAAUUCUUUAAGUGGACAACCUUUAAAGCAGUCUGUUAAAAACUCUACAAAAGUUAUAAACUCUCUUGGAGAUGCAAAUUCUCUCUCUACAGUACAUAUAACACCACAAAUGGUAAACACACCUGCUAAAGUUCACGUUCCACCCCCUGCACCAACAGUGUCAUUGACUUCAGUAAUCAAGUCUUCUCCAGCUACUCUUUUGGCUAAGACAUCUUUGGUUUCUGCCGUUUCCUCCAGUAAUCCUCCACUGCCAAGUAGCACAUCGGUAUUUCAUUUGGACUCAUCUGUCAAAAAACUAUUGGUUAGCCCAGAAGGAGCCAUUUUAAAUACCAUAAAUACUCCAGCAUCUAAAGUUUCUUCAUUGUCUUCAUCUCUCCCUCAGAUUGUUGUAUCUGCCAGUCAGAAUCCUGCCUCUGUCUUCCCUGCUUUCCAGUCAUCUGGUUUAGAGAAACCUGAUACAGCUGCAUCUUAAGACUAAACGAGCCAGUUUUUAAAUAAUGGGGCAUUCUUUUAACUCCCUAAAACUUUUAACUGUUUAUUAUACUGUUGAAAACAUACUAUUCAUACUUGUAUGUGUGUGUACAUAUGUGUGUGUGUGUGUGUGUGUGUGUGUGUGUGUGUGUGUGUUUUAAUGUAUCUUCAUUAGCUUGCACAAGACUUUGUUUUCUUGGGGAGGGAAAUUUCACUCACUGGUAUGAGGAUAUUUUCAAGGGUUCUUUCUUCAGAGUACAUGGUCAAGAUUUACCUAUCUAUAUAACAAACUGAACAAAGUCAAGUUUGACUAAAGUAAGCUAGCCUUUUCACACUUACAUUUAUAUGUUUCUUCUUGAAUUUGGACUAUUGCAGUGUAUUUACAAUA